AAUAUCCGAUUUUCUAUUAGAAAAGAGUUUCUCUAUUCCCGAUGUGGAGAAACGCCAUAGGGAGGAGACUACACACAACUCGUGGUUUGUUUUCUCAAAAAUGCCCUUUGGAAAGGUACUUUUGCACAACUAGAGAAUACGACAUUGCUAUUAUUGGUGCUGGUAUUGUUGGCAUGGCUACGGCAAGAGAAUUGGCACAGCGCUAUCCAGAUAGGAAGAUUGUGGUCCUUGAAAAAGAAGCUCAAGUGGCCCAACAUCAAAGCAAACAUAACAGUGGUGUAAUUCAUGCUGGAAUAUUUUAUAAACCGGGAAGUAACAAGGCCCGAUUAUGUGUUCAAGGUGCUUCUUUGAUGUACGAAUAUUGCAAAGAACAUAAAAUACCUCACGAAAAGGUAGGAAAGUUGAUAAUUGCCACAAAUAAUAAGGAAUCCGAACAACUUGACAACCUUUUUCAACGAGGCGUUCAAAAUGGUGUUAAAGAUCUCGAAUUGAUUGAUGAAGAAAGAAUUCGUCAGUUGGAGCCUUAUGUGCGAGGAAAAAGAGCACUUUAUUCUCCACAUACUGGAAUUUGCCAUUUUGAGCUGGUUACUAGAAGCUUCGAAAACGAUUUUCUGCAAUCUAGUCGACAACAUAUGAUAAAAGGAUUUCUCGUGACAAGUUUUCAUAUUCACAGUUCGGAAGCCAUUGAAAUUCGAGGAAUAGGUCAUAAGGACUCGAAUGCUUCUUCCAUAUUUGCCAAUUAUGUCAUAUGUUGCGCCGGUCUAUCCGCAGAUACUCUUGCAACACUGGCAGGUGGACAGAAAUAUCCUGUAAUCAUACCUUUUCGAGGACGUUAUCGAUUACUAAAGGAAGCAGCAAAGCAUCUUGUGAAGCGAAAUAUCUAUCCAGUGCCUGACCCUAAAUAUCCUUUUCUAGGAAUACACUUUACUCCAACCGUACAGGGACAAAUAACAAUUGGUCCGAGUGCAGCACUUUCUCUAACUAAGAAUCCCAGUACUUUCAAGAACUUGAGAGCAAUUAUGGGAGAGAAGGCUUUAUGGAAUUUUCUCAGAAAGAAUCUCACUAGUUCACUGACUGAGGGAUAUUUUGACGUUUUCCAAAAAGCUUUUGUGAAAAGAGCUCAAAGUCUAGUUCCCAGUUUAAACUGGAAUCAUACCACUGUUGGUUGGCAAGGCGUUAGAGCCCAAGCCAUGGCGGCAGAUGGUUCUCUCGUAGAAGAUUUUGUGUUUGAAAGUCUCGGUCCAAAGGGAAGAUUGCUGCACGUUAGAAACGCUCCUUCACCAGCAGCAACCUCUUCACUAGCUAUAGCAAAGAGUAUUUGUGAUCGUGCAGCAACGGAGUUUUUUUGGCAUUCCUAAUAUUUAAGAAAAAUGUGAUUAGAACGUAAUAAUUGCAAAUUGUUUUAUAGCGAUGCCGUUGCUCAACUAUCCCAAUUUCUCCUCCUUGUCAAACUUGUUCACCUUGACUAUUGCAACUACAGGAAGUAUUGCGCUAGGCAUAUUUGCCUAUUCGUAUAUGACAAAAGAUAAUAAAAAGGAAUCAGGAACCUCACAAGCUACAGCUAAAUGAAUUACAAGGCAAGUUGAAGAGGAAACGUGGUUGUAAGGAAUUGUUGAGUCUUGUGCUUUCUAGUAGCUUGCGAUUCUGUACCAAAGCCCAUUUACCUUAUUUGGAGUAAUUCUGUAGUAGUUUCGUUUGGAUGCUCAACUGUUUAGCGCAAUAAAGUGGUCUUACUUUUUGAGCUGCCGUCGAGAAUUGUUUAGCUCUUUAAAAACAAGCUUGCUUCUCCAAGGCAGAAUGAAUACUGUCGAAUAUUAGGGACGCAGGUUCUUGCAAAAACUGAUCUUAAUUGUGUCUUCCU